UGGGCGUCGUCUGCUCCGUCGUCGGCCUCGCCGUGGGCGUUGUCUGGAGCCGUUCUUGCUCAAGCUCAAGGUCGUGUGGGUUCAGGUGUUGGUUCUAUCGGGGCACAUCCCAACGUUCUCAGGAGCAGGGCGUGGACCACUUUCCCGCUGCGCCUUUGCGACUGCCGCCGCGAACCUGACGAGGUUGCGAUAUGACGUUGUUCAGCAGUGUGCGUGGACCACGCAGCCGGUCCAAGGAGAAGUGGCGUGUGCAUCCGAUAGAGGAAAGCCAGCAUGGGGCACAGGAAACACCGUCGACCUGCCUGGCAGAGUCUGGCGCAUCUUCUGACGGCCGUUGCCGGCACGAUGCGCUGAAGAGCACGGCCAGCGAGACGGGAGUUACACCCAGAGCCCCGGACCGACACCCCAGCACCUGCAGCAGCGACAGCACGGGGAGCCAGAGACCCGCGGCGCAAAUGAUGAUGAGCCACAUGAAGUCCAUGCGGGAGGCUCUGCCGACGUUGAAGCCUGGCACGGUCGUGACCACAAAGAGUGCGCGUGUCAACAUGCUGGUCGUUCGUAACCCCAAGGCGUGGUCACAAGGUGACGUGGACGGCGGGCCAGGCAAACCUGGGAUAAUAACUGCCAUCGACGAAGUCACAGGGAACUGUGCGGUUUAUUGGUACGAGUCUGAGCAGGUCAACGACUGCAGCAUCGGCAGGAGGGGCGUGCUCUGCAAGCCGUGCGGCGCCAUCCCGGUGUCGCUUGGCGGGGACGACGGACUGGCGAACGUGGGCAUGGCGCAGACCGCCAUGGAGGCCAUGAGGACUCUAUUCGGGGGCCGCGCUAAGAGAGGACACCAGACGGAGACACCAGUCGAGCCGUUUGCUUCACACAUCUCGCCGUUUGGCCGGCAGAUCUCCUACGCGGACAAGACGGAGACGGCCAUCAUAUUCGAUUGGGACGAUACGCUGUUCCCAACCACAUACGUCAAGCACGAUCUGGGCCUCUCCAUCACUCGUGGUCUCAAGGACCAGGCGCUCAGUCCCCGGAAGAUGCUGCGUGUCCGGGCCGCUCUGGCGAGAGCCGCGUGCGCCGCCGAGCGGCUCCUCCAGCUGGCGGACGGACGCGGGAAGGUCGUCAUAGUGACCUUGGCCAGGAGUCCGUGGGUCACCGAUUCCUGCAAGAACUUCUACCCUGGGAUGGGCGAGCUCAUCCAGAAACUCGGUAUCCAGAUUGUGUACGCGCGGGAUGGUGAGCAGGUAGAGCACAGCGAGGUGAACUCGAUGGCCGAGGAUCAAUUCGAGACGUUCUGGGCCGAGACGAAGGGCAGGGCCAUCUUCAAGUUUCUGAGCGAGUUCUAUUCCCAGUACGAGGGGCAGUCCUGGAAGAACGUCAUAUCCGUGGGGGACUCACACUUUGAGCGGUACGGCACGAUGGCCGCAACGAUGCAUUAUGCUGCAGCCCAGGGCCUGGUCAACGAGGAGAUCUGUCCGGGCAGUCCGCAGACGACGGUGAGGGCGUGCGGGGCGUCGAAGGGGUCGGCGCGGUCGACGCUGUCCGUGUCGAGCGUGAAGCGCCUUGAGAGCAGUGGCAGUGGGAGGCGAAUGUCGUGGGAGGGAACCGUCGGCGGCUACGAGAUCAAGGUCAGGACGAAGACCUUCAGGAUGCUAGGCGAUCCGACGGAGGAGGAGCUCAUCGCGCAAGUGAGCUUGUUGCAUCGCUGGCUGCCUCUGAUGGUGGAGUUUGACGACGGCUUCGACGUCGAUCUCAACAGCCUCGACGGCGAGGCGGCGAUCGAAGAGGUCGAGAGCACGCUGUUCGCUCUCAAGUACUGAGGUGCGCUCUGCAAGCACUGAGGCGCUUGCCGUGACAUGGUGCAGACGCGGUGGCACGACGGGGUAGGGCUCGCACGCCGAGCGAUUUUGUUCGCCCGUGGUGUUCGCAUCGAGGUGGUGAGCGUGAGCGAGGCGUAUCAGUCUUUGCGGUCCAGUUAUUCGUGUGCUAAUUUUCAGUACUCGGUACUCGGGCAGCUUUCUGCCCCAUUUCAAUGCAAGUUUCCGUUUCAAGUUUCAGUUUCGGUUUCAGCUUCUCGUCCUCCUCCUCCUCGUCCUCUUCCUCGUCCUCCUCCUUCUCCUCCUCGUCCUCCUCCUCCUCCUCCUCCUCUUCCUCCUCCCAUUUCAGUUUCGGUUUCAUUUUGUGCACCUCGUGGGCACGAUGGCGCGCUCGCAGCGAGGUGGCGUCACCCGAGCGAGGCUCCCGCGCCAGCGUCACCUGUCACCUGUGCGCCGCGCCGCGCCCAUCACUCUCCACUCCCGGGGAGCGUCCCCCUUGAACUUUUGUCCUGCGCCCCCCUUGGAUUUUUGUCCACCAGCCAAGGGAGCCCUCGGCGGUUGCUUUGGCGGGGGCCACGGCACCGCGCGGGGCCGUCGAGCGGGGCAUCGGGAAGCUCCCGCGAGACCUCUGGGCUGAGUUCACAAAUCUCGAACACGGGGUGCUCCUCCCCUCCCCUGGCCAUUC